AGUCACUGCUGCGGCUUGGGUGACGUCCAGAAGGAGACAUAGUGAAACUGCUGCAGUUUUCAGACACCCACUUUCAGACGGUUGUCGUGUUUUCUGGGCGCUACCCGUUUGUUUGUUUUUUCCAUGCAGAUAACCGAGCCAAACUGGCAUCGAGCAAAGACCCAAAUUUGGCCGUAAUAAACCGUUCUCGGUCCUCUGAGUGAGAAAACGUGCGGCUGCUCGGAGAGAGGAAGCAUUGAAACAGGUGGUGAGGCGUUCAGCGGAUCAACCGUGGAUCUUCACAGGGCCUCACCACAUGGGAGUGCGCUUCCGCACUCAUAAGGGUGUGCGUUUGGGGCUCCCGCCGUCCCGUCGCCUGCUGCUGCUGGACCGACAUGGCCGGUGGCAGAGAGCGCAGAGAACGAACACAGCGGCCAUGGUCGGUGUACCGGGCCAACACCUUCGAGCUUUCCAGCGAGAUGAUUGGCCUGGCGCUCGCAGGAAAUAGUCAGGAUCCAGACGAGCCUGUUUUGGAGUUCAAUGUUGCCUGCACAGAGCUGGCCACUCCCGCUUUGGAGCGAAAACCUAACAGCUUUGUAGCAGUGAGCUGCACUACCCCACCACAGGCCUUCUGGACCAAACACGCCCAGACCGAAGUCAUAGAGGGCACCAGUAAUCCCACGUUCCUCAGUAGCAUCGCCUUUUUCCAGGACUGUAACAUUAACCCCCAGACACAGGUCAAGCUGGUCGUGUACGACGUAAAGGACCGCUCGCAGGGCACGAUGUACAUGUUGGGGUUUGCACUUUUUGCUGUGAAGGAACUUCUGCAGGAGAAAGGCCACAGAUUAGAGCUUGAACUGCGAUCGGCAGAGAACCAACGGGUUGGGAAGGUUACCAUCGCGGCGUGGCAGAUGGAGGACAGGGCUGAUCAUAGGAUGUCUGUUAGAAGUCUGCCAGAGAGCAUCAAUGGUCGAAUGGUACUUCCCGUCGAUGAGAGCCUGACUGAGUCGAUGGGAGCCCGGAUUAAAUACGCCUCACUGUCUAAAGACAGCCUACUACGCUCAGUGUUUGGAGGAACCAUGUCCAGGAUGUACCGCUUCCCAACCACUGACGGAAAGCACCUGCGCGUCCUGGAGCAGAUGGCCGAGAGCGUCCUGUCCCUCAACAUUCCCCGGCAGUUUGUCAAGCUGCUGCUGGAGGAGGACUUCGCCAGGGUGUGUGAGCUGGAGGAACUGGGAGAGUUAUCACCCUGCUGGGAGACUUUACGACGGCAGAUCGUGUCCCAGUACCAGUCCAUAACGCUCGCAUAUCAGGAAACGCUGUGCGACCUCAACAGCUACCGAGGUCCCUCCUUCAAAGCUAGCAACCUGAAAGCAGACAGGAAGCUGGAAUUCAUGCCAACCAACCUCCAUGUGCAGAGGAUGAGGGUGCAGGACGAGCUGGACUUCAAGCACACCUAUGAUGUCAUAACGAUUGGCGCUCCGGCUGCUCAUUGCCAGGGAUUUAAAAGUGGCGGCCUCAGGAAGCUCAUCCAUAAGUUUGAGGAGGCCAAGAAACACGUUUGUGAGGAGGGAUGCAGCGCGCUCUCCAGCUCACAGUCCAUCGUCUACAUACCCCAGGACAUUGUCCGAGCCAAAGAGAUCAUCGCCCACGUCAACACGCUCAAAACUCAGGUCAACUACUACGCUGAGAGGCUUUCCCGAGCCGCCAAAGACCGAUCGGCUAGCGGGCUGGAGAGGACGCUGGCUAUCCUGACGGAUAAGACUCGUCAGUUGGUGAUGGUGUGCGACUGCAAAUUGCUGGCUUCGGCCAUCCAGGCUUUGAACGCGGCGCGGCCUGACUACAUUGCCUCCAAAGCAUCGCCUACCGCCGAACCAGAACAAGUGGUCCUCCGCAACGAUCAGGACACUCUGCUGGCCAAGUGGAGCGGUUGCAACAGUCGAUCUUCGCUGCAUGUGGACUGGCACGAAGAGGAGUGGGAGAAGGUUUGGGUCAAUGUGGACAAGUCUCUGGACUGCAUCAUCCAGCGAGUGGAUAAGAUGCUGCAGAAAGAGAGGAGACCCAGCAGCAGUAGUCUGGACAGUACCCAGCAUGACCUGCAGGGCGGCGACAGUAAAAAAGGUGAGGAAAAACGACGGGCUUUCUGGAUCAACCCAGGAAGUUUGUCACAGGACUCAAUAUCAUCAGAACCACCUCCACCAUCUUCAUCAGCACCACCAUACUCUUCCUCUUCGCCUGCCCUCUCCUCAUCUGCCCGACCCGCCUGCCCCGAACAGGAAAACUAUGGAAGCCCGAGUGCAGAGGAGGCGUACCCAGGUGAGUGGAGCGAGGCUCUGUACCCGCUCCUCACCACGCUCACAGAGUGCGUCGCCAUGAUGACCGACAAGGCCAAGAAGUCCAUGGUGUUCCUGCUGAUGCAGGACAGCGCCCCCACCAUAGCCAUGGACGUGUCGCUGCAAUAUCGUCGGGAUGUCGUCUUCUGCCAGACGCUCACUGCCCUGAUCUGUGGCUUUGUCAUCAAACUGAGGAACUGUCUUCGAGACAACGGUUUCCUGCGGCAGCUCUACACAAUCGGCCUGCUGGCUCAGUACGAGUCCCUGCUCAGCACCUACGGAGAGGAGGUCGCCAUGUUGGAGGACAUGAGCAUCGGCGUCAUGGAUCUGCGGAACGUCACCUUUAAGAUCACCCAGGCAACCGGCAGCUCCGCCCCCGACAUGCUGCCGAUCAUCACGGGCAACAGGGACGGCUUCAACGUCCGCAUCCCUCUGCCGGGCAGCAUGUUCGACGCGUUGCCGCGGGAGAUCCAGAGCGGGAUGCUGCUGAGGGUCCAGCCGGUGCACUUUAACGUGGGCAUCAACGAGCAGCAGACGCUUGCCGAGAAGUUUGGUGACACAUCCCUGCAGGAAAUUAUCAACAUGGAGAGUCUGUCCAGGCUGAACUCGUACUAUGAACAGUUCAAAGAAGUACUUCCUGAGGACUGCCUUCCCAGGUCCCGUUCCCAGACUUGCCUCCCUGAGCUGCUGAGGUUUCUGGGCCAGAACGUCAACGCCAGGAAGAACAAGAACGUGGACAUCCUCUGGCAGGCGGCCGAUAUUUGCCGCCGACUGAACGGCGUCCGUUUCACCAGCUGCAAGAGCGCCAAAGACCGGACGGGCAUGUCGGUCACUCUGGAGCAGUGCCUGAUCCUGCAGCAUGAACACGGCAUGGCGCCACAGGUCUUCACGCAGGCGCUCGACUGCAUGCGCAGCGUUGGGACGAGGGAAGGUGUGAUCCAGAAGAACCUGAGCGGCUUGCUGCCAGUGCGCGACCUGCGGCUGGACCCCAGCCUCAUGUACUCCCUGCCGCUGUUGGCGCUCAGCCCCAACCUGCUGGUGGUGUGCAUCUUCCUCAGCGUGGCGUAUUUCUUGGCCAAAGUCCGCUGCAGCUGAGCCAGGCCUGGUCAGGUUUUUUUUUUUGGUUUAUUUUGAAACCGCAGGAGGUCACACACUGUUUCACCUGAACAAAGGGCUUUCCAUAACCCCCACUGGAGUUUCUUCAUGGGAAAAGAAAAGACAACUGAAUUUUCCUUCACUUCUUUCUCCUUUUGCUGAAAGUGAGGCAUCACGCAUCUGAUUUACCAUUUUAAAGCUGCAGUAUGUAAAUCUAUCAUAAUUUCCCAACCAAAAACAACCAAUCAGAGUCAGAAGGAGGGUCUUAGCGCUGUCAAUUAACCUUGUGAGAGCACUGCUAAACAUGCUAACCACGGAGAAACAACUUAGCGUUACAGAAAGAAACUUUUAUCCGCCGUUAUUGGUAGACAUGCUAACUAGCCUUAGCACUAGUUAGCAUUUGCUGAGCAACAGUUUCAACAAAUAUAGCAAAAAAUAUUUUUUAUUAAAGUGAUAUACUGCUGCUUUAAAGUUUAAUUUUUGUGUCUUAUUUUCAUAUUUUCUCUCUAAAUGCUGCCGUUCCUGUAAAGUGCAACAUUUUGUCUUUUUUUUUUUUUUUAUGUGAUUCCUCACAUAAAGAAAGAGGAAAGGCUUCAAAACAAAGAUGCUUAACAAUAAAUGAUGUGUUUUAUGGGGAACAUGAGAGAGAAGAAAAAGUAUUUUUAAAAGGGAUGUAAUGGAUAUUUUUUAGCAAAUGACUUGAUGUCACGCUGCCUUAUUUCUCACAAAUAACACCAGAACACACUUGGAUUCAGAAGUUCUGCUCGUCGUUGUCAUAAAUAUUAUAAUAUAUAUAUUUGGUUUCAUCCGAUGCAUGUAAUUUUAAAUUAAAGACGAUCCAAAAUAUGAUGCUCACACCAACUUGUUCACUCAAUGACCAAAAACUCAAUUGUAAGAUGAAAUAAAAUUUGAAAAAUGAUAAUGGCCACGAUGAGAGCACAUAACCUUCUGACUAAAACUGUAGAAAAUAUCAGUAAAUCUGUGAGUUUAUGUAUAUAAAGUUAACUUAAAAUAGGCUAUAUUAAAAGAGCUUCUGGAAGAACUGAGAGUAACUUUUAUUUAAAAAAAAAAAAAAGAAAUAUAUAAACAGCUUCUUCCAUUUAUGCUUUCAUAGUCUUCCGCGUGCGUCGGCACUCAGCUUUUGAGCAAAUGUAGGUGAACCUAAAGCUUUUUAUGCAGCUAUGCUUAAGCUUGCAUAUAUUUAUAUUUUUGUCAGCCUUGUUUUUUGCUUUUCAGCGGGUCUUCCUGGUUUUAUAGAAAGUGUGAGGCUUUUUGCUUCGGCCACAUAUUGCUUUCAUGACAAAGCAGCCAUGGCAGAUUGUAGGAUAUCCAGGUGAAAUGUGUUUGAUUAUGCAAAGUGAUGCUGCCGGUUGUAUGCCGUUUACGUCCAUAAGCUUUAGAGGCAGUUAUGAAAGUCAAAGACUCUAUUUAGGUUAUUAUGCAACAAGAUUUUUGAAUUAUUGAUGGAUGUAUUCCAUCGAUAGCCAAAUGCUAGUCAGGUUUUACUGCAGGGUCUGUUUUCAGAUGUUUGCUAGAUGCAGCGAGGCCUGUCACAAAAAGCAAUAAAUCAAUUCAUUGCGUAAUAAAUUAAAAUAAGAUUAAUAACUUCCAGUUAGACAACAAUCAUUAAAUAAAUAAUAAAUCAAUAAUUUCUGGAACAAUUUCUUAUCGUGACGGGCCUAGAUGCAGCAGUUUUGCAUAAAGUCUCCUGUUUAUUUAUUUUUCUUCUCCCUCCCCCCCAUUGAAUAUGUUUUCUGUAAUACAAACGCUGUUUUGUUUUAGCAACCAUUGCUGCUUCUUGAAUGACAAAAUGGUUUAAAAACAAAACUAAAAUCAACUAUAUGAAAAGAGCAGCAAUUCAAACGUAUUUAGAAGAACAGUUCUGUAUAUGGAAGGCAGAAAACAUCACAGAAUAAUUUAAUAAAAAUAGCUUAUUAUCGAAUUAAUUGGUAAACAGUUUCUAUAAAUAUGUGCUUUUUUUAUAUAAAAAUUAUAAAUAGUAAUUACAACAAAAGAUUUCAUUGUUAAAAUGUAUUAUGUCUGGAAAAAAUAUAUGCUCAUAUCUGGACUCCGUCUCAUUUUUGAGGCAACAAAUAAGUGCAUAUCGUUUAUUCAAGGCAGAACUGUACCAUAAUUUGAUGUGUCUGGAAGAAAAAGGAUGAAUAGUGUGUUUCUUAUUUUGGGGAACUGAAAGCAUUCAGGCUGCUUUACUUGGAAGUGUGCUAUUUAAAAAUCAAUAUCUUGGCCUGCAGCAUCAGCUGCCUCCCCAGAGCGUUCAGACUCGGUGUCGUUAAGAUCGACCCAGUAAGGAAAUAGAUAAGACCAAAUUAGCCUCCCUUGGGAGUUUAUUGGCUCUCAUGUCCUGCUAGCAUUCACAUACACUGACCAGUGAUCAAUUCUUUGGCUUGUGAAAGUAUAACAAGCUUCUCUGUCUUCUCAAAUAGACUUAAAAACAUUUUUAAUCACGGUUGAUGUGGAUCCAAACGGCUGUGCUAGCUAGCAUGCUACACAGAAAAACCUCCUAUCAUUUUAGCACGUUAGCAAAGUUCUUCGUUUGUUCAGAUACAGUGUUAAAUUAUUUUUAUUUCGUUUACAAGAAUUAAAACGAUGCAGUGGCGCGUGUUCCUGAAAGCUAUAACUAUAAAUUUAUGUAAUUAUAAAUCAAUCAGGAGCAUUAUUUACCUCCUAGUUCAGCUGAAAUAUGCUGAUCUUAUUUACUGUAAGUUAUGUUUAUGAAUGAGUUUAGUUAGAGUUGAUGUGCUUUUCAGUUCUAUUGCUUUUGUUAGAAAAGGUUUGGUAAGAGCCUUCUUUGGUUUCUGCCUUUUUCAAUAUUUUUGUGCCACUAGUAGCAUAUUAGCUUCAAUAUUUUGUUGCUUUUUUAUUUGGAUAGAAACAUAAAAAUAGAUGAGGAUUACCAUUGUUCAUCUCUAGUCAAAUUGCCAUGUUAUCAAGAUAUUUAAAAUGAAUAAAAAUUUCAAAUCAAAUUUCAAAUCCAGUGUGUUUAAAAAAAAAAGCUAAAUAGUCACUAUUUUUACGUCUAGCUAGCUUAUAAGCAAGUGGGCAUAAUAUUUUCCUUAAGAAAAAAAAAGAUUAUUUAAAAACAGAUAAUGAUCAUUAACUAAUCAACUAAUGAGUUAAGUUGUUAUGUUUUAAAGUACCACUUGGAAAAUGUAAUGCAAACUACACUUUCUUUUUUUGCAAUUUAUAACUUGUUGAUUUUUACAAGAUUACUGAGUUCUCCUUGAUCUGCAGACCUGCCACCGUUACCAUUUAUUGAACAAAAACAAUAACCUAUUUUUAAUAUUUUAAAUAUAUAUUAAAGAUAAAUAAAGUUUGGAAAUUACAGUUUGUUGGAGAAAAAAAUAUCAGGUUCAGAGAUAUAUUAAUUAUUUACUAUCCAUCUUUAGAGAUACAUUAUGAUAAAGUGCUUCCUAAAGGGUUCAGUUACGUUACUGUUUCAUGGAGCUUCUUGUGCUUGUUUUUGCAGAUCUAUAAGAGAAUAUAUUUGAAAUAUGUUUUUGGAAGAAUUAUAUUUACGUGCUUGUAUUGUCUCAGUACAUUGUUGUCUGCGAUAUGUAUUAUGAAUCAGUAAAGGAGUGUAUACAUAAAUCAGUGCUUCUAUGCUGAAUAUUAUGCUUGUGCCAUAACUAUCCUACUCUAGUCACUUUAUUUCUUUUGCUAUUUAUGUCUGUUUUUACUGCCUAUUGAAACUGAAUAUGCAUUUUCUUGUGCGACUAAAUUUCUUCACAGUUUUGUCCAAAACUCUAAGCCUUAUUGUCAGAUAUUGUUUUUGGGGAUGUUUGACUUGUAAUGUGACAUUAUCAUGGUAUUACAAUCCUCAUGUCUGACUGUAAACUGUUAAUAUGCUGAAAUUCACUCAUUGUAUUGACAGAAAAAUGUUCUGCAUUACUGUUUCUAAAAAGACUUUUACAGAGAUUUGUGCAGGAAGUUAUUGCAAGAACAGUGGUUUUGUAGCUCUCAAGGUGUCAGUUUUGUUAAUUAUUCCAAUGAUAGCGUUCAUAUUCCAGCUGCACCCAGACAUGUAUUACAGUAAAAACAAAAAAAACAGUAUUUUCAACUAUGCCUCAAAUUAAUGUUACUUUAAUGUCUAAACUUUUGCUUUGUCCAGCACCCACACUGCUUUAAAUGUAUACACAAAUCCAAGAAAACCCUUUGUCUUUGUGCCCUUACAGUCAUAAUGCUGCUCAAAUAAAUGUUUUAUGCCUCCACUUGCAAAAUUUAUAUACAUCAA